GCGAGCAAGAGAUAGAGACGAUUUGAAAGAGAGCAAGAAAAAUGAGAAAACAGAGCUCUAAAGGAUGGACACAAGCUGGUUUGCUUUCAGGGAGGACCUGUGGACUGGAUGUUUUGUUGGGUUUUUGCAGUGAUGAUGGUCGGAUCUUGUAGAAAUUGUAGAAGAGUUUUGUGCUUCUGGAAGCUUUGACGUAUGGUCAGGAUGCCAGAGUGAGUCGCCGUGGUUGUGUGCGUGUGUGUGUGUGUGUGUGUGUGUGUGUGGUCAUGAGGGAGCCGUGCCGUGUGUGUGGUACGUGUGUGCUGGGUGGGCAGUGUCGCUGGUUGUUCAGUGCAUGUGGGCGUUUGCGGCUGGCCGUGGUCCUGUCCCAUGUGCUGGGGUGUGAUCUCCAUCGGGAUGGACGUGGCGAAUUCCUGUGUGGGAAGUGCGUGUUCUUGCUGGAACGUGUGGUGCAGUGCGAUGUCGCUAUUGGCAACCUGCUGGAGGCCCACGCUACACAACUACAGCGCCUGCACAAUGAGAAAGAUGGAUUGAGCACGCUCAUAUUACACAAAUACAGACAGAACAACCCACUGGAAGCCAUCAGAUCCAAAACAGAGAAGAGCAAGAACCAGCAAGAUCUUGGUCAGGUUAAUGAGAAUGACUUUAGAAAGGGCCAAGAACAGGAAAACCAGUCAGCACAACAUGGAUCACACCAGCGUAGCCGCCAAGCACCUCAACAACAGCAGAAACGUCUGCAAAACCAAAGCCAGUCAAAGAACAAGAGAAUCGAGACCAAACGUCUUGCGGAACCAUUCCAAAAGAUGCAGCCAAGGUUCCAAGACCGGAGGCUCAGUUCUGGACCCCAGCAUCAGUCCACCAGAAGAGGAAGUCCAGGCUGUGGUCAGAUGAGGCGCUGUGUCAGUCUUGAGCCAUUGUGUAGUGGACUCGCAGGAGAACGCUCCUCCUCAUAUUCUGGGCGUAGUUUGCUUCCUAGAAGAAGUCGGGAGGCGGGGUUUAAAUCAGGAGGGAUGCUGGGAUCUGGAGUUCAGUCUCGGAGUCAAGAAUACUCUGAAAUUAUCCAUAAGAGGACAACUUUAACUUCACGCUCGGUUUCCCUCCAGUCACUCACUCUAGAGCACUCUGACCACACCCCUCUCACAGCCCCGCCUCACCGACAGUCAAGCUCACGCUCACGCCCACGCCAAGGUUCCUCUUCAGCUGCCUUGGAAACAUCAUCACUAGUUUACGAUUUUUUGCAGCUAUUGCGUAGCGCUAGGGUUCGCCCACUCCCACCACAUACCGGCAGCAGGAUUCCUGUCUUAACCCAACCAAACGGUGUUUACACGAGUACCCAAAUGGGCGGGGCUAGAAGAGCAAAAAUGGAAAAAGCUCUGAAAGAGCUGGAGGAGGGGUUUCGUGAUGAAUAUUUGCCUCUCAAACAGGAGGUUUCUCUGGCAAAGGAGGGUGAGCUGACCAGGCUACAGCAGAUGACCAGACAGAUGACUGAAGAGCUUAACUCCGCCAAGAGCAGCAGCCAAAUGCUCAAACUCAAACUAGAGGACAUGGACAGAGAAAACAAGGCUCUUUCAGGACAGCUGGAGGAGCAAGAAGGUGAGCUGACUGCAGAGAAGAGAAAUGCUGUAAAACGAGACAAAACCAUCCAGGGCCUCAGCCUACUGCUCAAAGAGAAAGAAAAAGAGGUGGAGGAGUUGUAUGGGAAUCUUGAGGAUAAAGAUCAGGCUCUAGCUAAAGCCAGAGAAGCUCUCCACAAAGCUCAACUGCAGAAGUACCAGGGAGCAGAGGAGCAGCAGGCUUUGUUAUUAUCCCAGCAGGCCGAGUUGUCGCGGCUUCAGACUGAGGCCCACACGUCUCUGCUGGAGGCUCAGAGGCUGCAGAGACUGCUGGGCAGCAGAGAUGCUGAGCUGGCCCUCCUCCAGCAGGACAAACUGCACCUCGAGCAGGAGCUUGAGCUGUUACAGCAGCAGAAGAAGAAAGCAGACAAGACUAUCAAUGACCUGCAGAACCAGCUGAAAAAGCUGAAUGGAGAGCUGGCAGAUCGGGAGAACAAUCUAGAACAUCAGCAGCGAGAACAGCAAGAGCAGACCCGCGCAACUGAACACAAGAUGCAGACCACGAUACAACAUCUCACCACUAGCCUUACACACAAAGAGCAGCAGCUACAGGAUUAUAUGAACAUGGUGCGAGAUCUGGAGCAGGAUCGAGCUCCUGGAGGAAGUGAUGCCAUUCUCACUAAGCUGAGAGAGAGGCUGAGGGAAAAGGAACAUGCUCUGGAGAAAGCACUAGAUGAGAAGUUUGCAGCUGUGGAGGAGAAGGAAAAUGAGGUGCAUCUGCUGCAGUUGAGUGUCCGAGAAAAGGAGAGGGACCUGGAGCGCCUCAACAACCUGCUCACACACAACGAGGAAACCAUCAAUAGCUUUGAUUCGUUGCUGAAGGAGAAAGACGUGGAGCUGCAGCAGCUGCUAAACUCUCUGAAGAACGCUCAGCGCUCCAAACAGGAGAGUGAGGAGAACCUGCAGAGAGCUCUCAGAGAGAAAGACUCCAUCAUCCAGCAGCUGCAGCACACACUGGAGCUUAAAACCAAAGACAUGGAGGAGAUGGCCAGCACAGUUCUCAGCCGCUCAGAGUCUCAGGAGCGUGAGCUGGUGGAGCAGAUGAGUCAGAGGAUGAAGGUGACUGAGGUUAUGAUGAGCGAGGCGGUGAAGGACAGAGAGAGGCUGGUGUCUGAGAACCAGACUGCUGUAGAGAACCUGCUUGCUACUAUCAACAGCAAAGACCAGCUGCUGAAGGAGUGUGCAGAGCGGCAUGCACAGGCUCUGUCUGAUCGAGCUGCAGAACUGCAGAAUCUGCGCAGACAGCUAACAGAAGCCCAGUUGCAGCUCAGCAGCUCUCAGAAACUCAACAACACAGCAGCGCAGGACGCCUCCUUAGAGACAGCCAGACUCCUCGCUGCACUGGCCGAAAAGGACGCCGUCAUCAAUAAACUGUUAGAGCGUGGCCAAGACAGAGAUCGUUACCUGGCUGAGGUAAAGGUGGGUGAAGCUCCACCCCCUCAGGUAUUAGAGCUGAGACAGACCAUCCAGGUUCUGCAGGAGAGGCUGGAGGAGAGAGAGGCUGAGCUGUCGCGACGUAACACUGAAGAGAACCUGGAGAAGACCCUCACAGGCAGUAAGAAAUCUGCUGUAAUACUGAAGAAAGAACUCGCCCAGAAAACAGAUGCCCUCAACAGCGCUCUAAAGAGGGAGAACCAGCUGAAGAUGUCUCUAGCUGAUCUGCAGUCAGUGGUCUCAGAGUUAGAAAGCCAAGUAGAGGGUCAAAUAGCCAACGUUGAGUCCCUCACAUCCACUCUCAAUACUAAAGAGGAAAUUAUUGCUGAGCUACAGCAGUGUUUAGCUCAGAGAGGAGAGAACCAGAACCGUCCAGCUGCAGUUCAGGACCAGCUCUUUCAGCCUACAGAUGAACGCAGCUUCCCCUCCCUUCCCCAAAGAGAAAGAACAAUUAUUGGUGGAGACAGUCAGCAGGAGACGGUGCAGUCACUGGGUGAUCUGCGUUUGGAGCAGGCGGAGCUAAACCGCAUCCUGAGGGUGGAGCAACAGCUGUAUUCUAAUCUGGUCAGAGCAGUCAAAGAGCAGGACAGUGCUCAGAGAUUACAGGCUCUGCAGCUGGAAUUGGCGGCGCUGACUCUCCUCAGGCAGCAGCUGGAGGACGGCAUCCGCAGCAACGAGGAGCUCAGAGAGCAGCUGCACAGAGAGAUCCAGAGAGCCAAUCAGAGAGAAGGGGCUGAUCCUGCAGAGCUGGAGAGUAUGCGAGAUGCUCUAGAAGAAGCUCAGCGAUGGAACGUGUCUCUGCAGGCCAGACUGGGUCAGAUCCAGAGCCGCGGUGGAGGAGUGGGACAGGCCAAUGACUCAGUGGACACGCUGAGCCUGAUUGGUGAACAGACCUCAUAUAUGAGUAUCUGUGUGGGGGAGGGGCUGGAGGAGGAGCUGUCAACAGAACAACUCAGACUGAAGGUCUUAGAGUUGCAGGCUCUAAAUGCUGAGCUCCAGAGUAGGUUGGCUGAGGCAUUGGCUGAGCGGGGCAUUAUGGGUAAUUCUGUAAGAGAGUCAGAGGGAGAGUCUGAUCUUAUUGACCUUUCAACUCCCAGCAAGCAACCACAGGGACUGGCCAGACCUCUGGCCACCACGGCUGACGCAAACAUAAAGGAAAAACGUAAUGAAAUGGAUCAAAGUCCUGCAGGUUCUGGCAAGACUGCGAGUUCUCCGUUAGUUCAGCCUCUGAAAGGAAAAGAAGACCCGCAUGCUCCAGUAAAACAGUGCAGUGAUGGUGAACGGGCGGAACUCAAGUCCUUACUUGUAGAUUGUGGAGCAGAAUCCAUUUCUCAGCUCAGGGAGCAAGUCGCUAAACUACGCUUUGAGGCUUCUGAGCUCCGCGGACUCCUGAAGGAAGAGCACUCUGCAGAGCCCAAAGAGAGCGCAGAAAGUUCAGGAGAGGGUGACGGUCAUACUGACCUUCGCCAAACCGUACAAACGCUCCGAUCAGAGGCACGAAAUUACCAAAAGGUCAUCCACCUGCUGAAGGAACAGCUACAGAGGAACACAGCAGCUGCAGCGAGUGGAGGCACAGGGUUCGACCCAGAACUGAUUGUCAGCAUGGCCCGUGAGAUGGAGCGUCUGAGGUUGGAGCACGAGGCUUCGCAGAAACAUGCUCUCAGUCUGGAGGACAGGCUAAAGGAGAAAGACAGAGAGAGAAAUGAAAGUGAAGAUAAUCAACAAGAGGAAGAGAAAGAAAGAAAACGGAAAGGCAGACAAGGACAAAGUGUCAAGCUGACCAAAAGUCAGAAGCAUCAAAUGGCCAAACAUGCAGCAUAUGUGAAAUCCCGGCUGCCGGUCCCUGUGAAGCCUACUACCAAGCUAACGGACAGACAAGACAUGACUGAUCACGAUACAGAAGAAAGUGCUGAGUGUCGUAGUGGCACAGACUCUGACCAGUCAAACCAUCAGACCACCCGUAGCCGAUACCGCAAAGAGACAGAACUUCAGAGUACUCCGAGCAGUAGCUCUGAGGCCCUUUGGACCUCUGAGGCCAGAAGAAACAAACAGCAAGAGCUUAAAGAUAUGCCUGAUCCCAGACCAGAGACAGACAAAGUGUGUGAGGUUCAGGAAUCAGAACUUCUGACCCAGCUGGAGCUUCUGAACCAAGAGUGCCAGGAGAAGGAGGAGCUUAUUUCUCAACUUCAGCUCCAAAUGCAUGCUUUGGAGGCACUGCGGGCAGAGAUUCAAGAGAGGGACAGGCAUAUCAGUGAAUACCAAGAAGCUUUGCAGGCUGCAAAAUCCACCAUCGCAUAUCUUACAGCCUGUAGUCUAGAUGCUGAAAGUGGUCUGGGGCAGUCUGGGUUAGGAUUGGGAUUAGAUUCAGCACUGCAGCGGCAGUAUGCAGAGCUCCAGAGAGCGAUGCAGGAAAAGGACAAGCUCAACGCACAGCUGCUGGAGUGCUUAAACACGGCUGAAUCUGCCCUUGCUUCUUUGACCACAGCUGAUCAGCCUGAAAGUGUCCCUGGUCCUACUCCUAGUCCUGCUCUUGUUCAAGGAGAGCCACUAGAUUUGUCUGACAGGCUUGAAGGUCUACUCAGUCAGAUCAAAGCUUUACAAGAGUGUAAAGAUGCUCUCAAAGAAGCUGACAAUAGGUUGAACUCUCCAGACGGGGGUUCUACACCUGAGUCGGACUUGCAGCGUCAAGCGGAGUCCCUGCAAGAGUCACUGCUGCGACAGUGCCGACUGAAUGCAGAGUUGCAAGAAAAGCUCAGAUCCGCUGAGGAAACCAUCUCCAAAAUGGAGGGAAAAGCCAGUACUCCAAAGCACAUUGACGGUGCCAAAGCCAAAACCCUGGUUGAGAUUUGCAGUCCGCAAAGUCCACAAGAAGAAGAUGGGCAUGCUCAGGUCCAGGGUAGGCUAAUUGUUUGUCUAUCUGAGUGCAUUUUAGCAGCAGAGCAAGCAGUGGAGUCGAUUGCUGAUUUCUGCACCAGGUCUGAUCAGCCCUACCUGCACAGUUCUGGUUCCUCAACUGAGAAGGAGCUUCAACAAAACCUGGACAGACUUCGGCUUGCGUUCUUGGAGAAAGACCGGUUUGAGGACCGUGGUGUUGAUGACAUAAACCAGAGCACUAUUGCCGGGCCAUUCCAAAGUAAGUUUGGACAAUACACUUUGCAGAUGUCAGACAUAGGACAGCAGAAGACCAGCACCCCGAUUUCUCAAGGACAACAGCAGAAGGAAGGUUCGGCCUCACUUGGACGACAGAACCUACCUGAAACUUGGUGUACUUCAGCAAACUCAGACCUUCACAAGAACCUCUUGGUGCUCCUCCAGCUCCUGCAAGAGCGUGCCCAGAAAGUUCAGCAACUGGAGAACCAUCUUAAAGACGACAAGAUGCAUGAACUUAAAGAAUUGGGUGGAAUUAAGGCUGAAGAUGUUUCCAGCAAGGAGGAUGCCCAGUUGGAAAGCCUGCGGAAGAUCUUGAAGGAGAAGGAGAUGUGUCAGAGCCUGGAAGAGAACCUGAAAGAGAAAGAGAAGGCCUGUCAGAAACUGCAGGAGAACCUUAGGGAGAAGAAGAAGGUAUGUCAGAACCUAGAGGAGAUUUUAAAGGAGAAGGACAACGCCUGUCUGAAACUGGAGGAGAACCUGAGAGAGAAGAAUAAGGCCUGUCAGAACCUGGAGGAAAACCUGAAGGAGAAGAAAAAGGCCUGUCAGGACAUAGAGGAGAACCUGAAGGAGAAAAAGAAGGCCUGUCAGAACCUGGAGGAAAACCUGAAGGAGAAAUGGAAGGCAUGUCAGGAACUGGAGGAGAACCUGAAGGAGAAAGGGAAGGCGUAUCAGGCCCUGGAGGAGAAGCUGAGGGAGAAGAAUAAGGCCUGUCAGAACCUAGAGGAGAAACUUAAGGAGAAGAAUAAGGCCUGUCAGAACCUAGAGGAGAACCUAAAGGAGAAGAAAAAGGCGUAUAAGGACCUGGAGGAGAACCUAAAGGAGAAGAAAAAGGCGUAUAAGGACCUGGAGGAGAAGCUGAAGGAGAAAGGGAAGGCCUAUCAGGACCUGGAGGAGAAGCUGGCUGCCGCUCAGGCCUUGGUCAUCCUGCAGAACUCAACUAAGAGCGACAGACAGAAAGGUCGACAUCCAGCGCCCCCUGGGGAGCAAGAUGAUAAGGGGGUUCAGGUGGACGAGCAGGACCUCGGCUACGAGACCAGUGGAAGGAGUGAGACGGAGGUGGAGAGGGAGGAGGGUACAGAUGUGGAUGGCAUUGGACCUUCAGACCCUGCUCUCUCUCCUUCUCUGAAGCACACCCUAGCUGGGUUCUCCUCUGUAGAGAAUCUGGACACUACAGCAUCCAGCCCUUCCUACGCCAGCUCCCCUGAUCUGAGCUCCCCGAGACCCUGCAACUCCAGCACCGAUCCUGCUGACCCCAACCUCGACCCCGCCCUGCUGCGCCAGCAGCUCCAGCAACUGAGGCUACAGGUCGAGAGCCAGCACAAGGUCAUCAAUCACCUCCAGCGACUCCUGAGGAAGAAGUCUCUGUCUGUAGAAGCGCUAAGCAUUGCCUCAGAGCCUGUAAGCAGAGAGGAAGAGGAGGACAGACGGAUGAUGAAGGCUCAGAUUGCUCAGCUCACCGUCGACCUGGAGAGAGAGCGAUCCAUGAGCAGAAGCAGCCAAUCAGCUUCACCAUCCAAGAUUGAGUCUCUGGUGCAGUCUCAAGCUCGAGAACUGUGUGAGUUGCGUGAGCAGAUCCGUCUGUCUCGAUUUCUUGGUGUAGAGCAGCGCAGGCAGCUCCAGGAGCUCCGCGGCGCUCUGGGGGAUCUUCUGCAGCCUAGUGAUGGGCAACCAGUGCUGGACACAACACUGAGGCAGCAGCUGGACCGCAGUCUCAGUCUGCUGGAGAAGCUGGAGCAGGGAGAUGCUUGUGUAGAUAAUGAUGAACGGAUGAGCGUGGAGCUGGCGCUGAGGCUCUCUGCUGAACUCCGGGAGAAGGACAAGCUCAUCCGGCAGCUGAAGGAUGGACUCCACAACCGAACUGUCGACAUGCAUCAGGACUCAGACUCCGAGAUGAGUGACAGGAUCUCUAAUGAUGGCACCGUCUCUAUUCAUGACAGUCCAACCGCCCUGCGCACACGCGCCUUCGACAGAGCAUCCACAGGUACGAAGGUGACUAAUGGUGGUGUUCCUGAGAUCGGUGCAGCCUCGUUCCCCGGUGGCUUGUCUCCUGGUGUGGGAGUGUCUGAUGGCGGUGAUGGUAGUGCCCAUUUGCUGCAGAGGGAGAAUGGACGUCUGCAGGAACAGCUAAGGAGCAGUGAGGAGCUCAAUGCUACCCUGAAGAGUGAACUUGACCUCACCCGCUCCAUCCUCACACACUCGCAUGUCCAGAGCAGCCCAUCAAAAACACACACACCUGCUCAAAGCCAAGCGGCAGAGAGACCGCAGGAGCAGCAACACAGAGUUCAGCAGGAAGCAGGGAGCCAGGGCAUCAGUUCAGAUCUCUUGGCGGAACACCUGCUGGAGAUUCGAGCUCUACGCCAGCGUCUGGAAGAGACCAUCCGUACCAAUGAAAGACUGCGUGAGCAGCUGGAGAGAAAACUGCAGGAGGUCGAGAGAGACCCGGCAGCUACUAACAUCUUUAUUGCUGGAUCUGAAGAACCGGGUCAGCUGACCAGUGAGCUCCAGUUCCUCUUGGCUCAGAACCGCACACUCAAAGAGCAGCUCAGCCAGGGGUCAAGAGAUAAACAGAAGGAGAAUGAGCGUCUGAGAGAAACCCUGGCCAGACGCACUGCUAAACUGGAGAUGAGCAGAAAACAGUGUGAAACGCUCCGUCAAGAGCGCAUACACCUGCAGGAUGAAUUUUACAGACUGCAGUGUGAGAGUAAACUUCAGAAACAGCAGCUGGCGGACACUCAGCAGCUCCUGCAGUCCGUACAAGUGGAGCUCCAAGUGCACGAACAGAUCAGAAGCUCAACACACACUCAUUUAGGCUCAGCAGGUGAGCAGCGGGGUGGUGGUCAGGAGUCUGGUCAGGUGGAUCUGAGUGAGUUGUUGAGUGAAGUGCGGAGACUCCGCCUGCAGCUGGAGAGAAGCAUCCAGACCAACACAGCACUCAGACACAAACUAGAGCAGCAGCUACUGACCCGCAGUGACCAUCCAUCCACCAUCAACAUCAACUACCUACUGUCUAAACCAGAUGACAUGGGUAAAUCAGACAUGCUUUACACAGAUCACGUCAGUGCUGCUCAUGAAAGCGGGAGCUCUGUGGGGAGUGGUUCUCCAGCUCCGUCCCGGUUGGUGCCGGGACACAGGUUGUGGGCUGACCGGCACGGGCGGCAUGUUCUGGGUCUUAUAGAGGACUAUAAUGCUGUCCGCAAGCAGAUCAGUGAAGCAAAGAGACUCACUACAGCCAUGGAUACACAGCUACAGGACAGCAGCAGGGGUUUGGAGUGUCAGGCUUUAUCAGGCAGCGUGAGCACUAUGCAGCAAGUUCUGGAGGAGGCAGGGAGGUCCUUAAAGCUGCUGUGGAGAGUAUCAUUGCCCUCAGGAGAUUUCACAGACAUGCAGCAGGAUGAGAUGUUAAGGAAUGAGAUCUCUCGGCUGAAGAGCAGGUUAGCUCAGCAGGAGAGGAUGCUGACAGGUGCUGUUAAACGCUUGCGCUCCACCAGCCAGCUUAAAGAGGGCAUGGAGCGGAUCAUCAUCGACCAGUUGUCAUUGACGCAUGGAGUUCUGAAGAAGGCUCGAGGAAACCUGGAGUCUAAUUAUCUCAGCGUUUUUGGGCUAAAAGGCCUACAGAUGGAAGGAAAUCCCACUGAAUCACCAGUGACCAAUCAACCGACAGAUUUCUCCCCGAGACGUGCGUCCACUCCACAGCGAAGAUCUGCCAGAAGCUCUGAAUCCAUUGAGGAGCGUCACAGUGACGCCUCCUCCCCCUGCAGCUGUUAGAAAUGUCUGUUGAAUAUAUUUAAUCAGUCAUUACUGCUGAAUCUGUCUGAUAUUACCUACUGGUAGCAGUCGGCCCGUCUCCCCACUGUCCUUUCCUCUCCUGUUUCCAUUAGAGGUACUCUCUCACAGCCGUGGAGAUAUGGAAGAAAUUUGCACUUUGGACAGAGUGAUGUACAGGUUUUAGAUUUGGCUGUAAAUGGAUUUUUAAAGUGAUAAUUCUUUUGGGGUAAAAAGUAUUUCCUCCUGUAAAUAUUUAAUCUGUCUUUUAGUUUUGUAUUUAAGGAGAUUAUUUUAUUUGAAUGGUUUCUUAACAUUGCCCUUGCUCACUGCCUGUUUGCUCUUAAUGCUGUAUUUUAUACUGUAUUCAUUAGAAAAGCACAUGUAUUGUGACCUGCAGUAACUGCUCAGAUGCCUGGAGAUUACAAGAGACUGCACACGAGCGGUACACACACAAUAAAACAAACAUUGGCAUUGAAUCAA